CACCCUCACCCAUCCACUCUAAGCAUUUCCGAUCCAAUCCAUCUCACCACCUACAUACUACUACUACACCAUGUACACAACAGACACCCUCCCAACAAGCUUCUGCAUAGCCCAGGCAAUCGGCCUCAGUGGCGCGGCUUGGCUCUCGGGAAACAUCUUCUCUCUAUCCCUAAUGACAAUCCCGGCUCUUCUCCAAUCCCACAAAGAGCACAGGAUUCCCCUAUCAACAAUCACCAAACAAUGGGCCCUCGUCUAUGAAACGGGCAAGAACCGCGCUCCCCCGAUCGCUCUCUUCACCGCCACCACCCUCCUGUAUCUAUCCUGGGAGACGAGGGCACAGAGCACAUUGGCAGCGAUCGUACCACGGGGAGCUACCACUACGUAUGCGAUUGCUGCUGCAUUGACGAUUGCGAUUGUGCCGUGGACUAUUCUGGCCAUGAAGGGCACGAAUGAUGCUUUGAUGGAGAAGGCCAAAGUGGGCGUGCAGGAGGAGAAGGAUCCUCAGGAGGGAGAGAGGGUCUUGGGAUUGUUGGAUAGGUGGGCGUUACUUAAUGGUGCGAGGGCUAUGUGGCCUCUCGCUGGGUUUUUGGUGGGUUUGUUGGCGGUUGUGCCUUGAUUCAGUUGUUAUGGGUAUUGUAAGUUGAGGGAUAGGAAAAUGGGCGUUAAUGGGUUUUGUAUGAUUAUACUGUGAAAUAAGAUGAUGUAUAUAAUACAUAUAGGUUUUUUAAUGGUGG